ACUUUCAUGACGUUUCCUACACCCAUUCACACAGCGACACAACAUGGCUACUACUACAAUUGCUCUGAAGACCAGAAAAUCGCGACCAGGCCACUCUGAGGCUGAUAAACCCAAACCUCAACCGGUGCCAAAAGACAUAACUGUUGACAAACAGGAUGCGGUGGCGUACAGCGAAAUUGCAGUGAGAAACAAUGCUGCCAUCAUGGAUUACUGUCGUACCUCGAUGUCGGCCCUUGGGGGAGCCACUGCCGGCAUCAUGGGCCUGACCAGUCUACACGGCUUCAUUUUCUAUUUCAUUAGUGCCAUACUACUUUCGGUGAUGUUAAUGGUAAAAGCUGGUUCCAGAUGGAAUAAAUAUUUUGUCAGUCGGAGAGUUCUAUUUUUCAGUGGCCUCUUUGGUGGUUUAUUUACAUAUAUUUUAUUCUGGACAUUUCUCUACGGUAUGGUUCAUGUUUAUUGAUGUUCAUUAACCAGGAAGUUUGGACCAACUUGCACCCAUCUGACUCCAAGCCCCACCCCUCUGUACAUAUUUCCCCACACUCACAUAUAAAAUAUAGACCACAUACCGGCAGAGCAGAGGGUCCAGUUUCAGCUGCUCCCUAUCGCUGCUAUCUACUGGGGUCUCCUAUAUAUGUAUCUACACAUAUGUUUUGUGUUAAUAUAUUUGAAUUAAACCUCUUUCACCUGUAA